AUGGAUCACGAACAUCAGAGCAGGAGGCAUAAACUGGGCGUCGUCUCCGGCGUCUACAUCCCAGUAUGCCUCAAUAUCCUCAGUAUCCUCAUGUUCUUGAGGUUCGGCUCCAUCUUGGGUCAGAUUGGUCUACUUGGCAUGCUUGGACUUCUCUUCAUUGCAUACUCGGUUGAUUUUGUCACUACUCUGUCUCUAUCUGCCAUUGCCUCCAAUGGCGAGGUCAAGGGAGGUGGUGCCUAUUAUCUCAUCUCCAGGUCCCUUGGCCCCGAGUUUGGAGGCUCCAUCGGCAUCCUGUUCUAUCUGGCGCAGGUCUUGAACACCGCACUCAACGUCGUCGGUCUCAUCGACUGCCUGAGGCUGAAUUUGGGACCUGUCAUGGCUCAGGGGUAUUGGUGGACCUACCUAUUCGAGACAGGAGCGUUGUUGGUAUGCACUCUACUGUGCCUGGCUGGCAGCGCCAUGUUUGCAAAGGCGAGCAAUGCCUUGUUAGCCAUCAUGGUCAUCUCCAUCCUGAGCAUUCCCGUCUCGGCCAUCUUCCUGCCGUCAUUCAAUGACCCGGUCAGUGGCAUCGAGUUCACAGGCGUCAGUCUCACCACUUUGCGAUCCAACCUGUGGCCGCAUUUUGCAGGUGAUGAGUUCAAUGGAGCUGGCACCUUUAGGGAUCUCUUCGGCAUCCUGUUCCCGGCAACUUCGGGUAUCUUUGCUGGCGCGUCCAUGUCGGGUGAUUUGCGAAACCCCAGCAAGGACAUUCCUCGCGGAACUCUCUGGGCCAUGUUGUCAACUCUCAUCUCGUACGUCCUGGUCAUCAUCUCGCUGGCCUCGAGUACGACACACGGCACGUUUCUGCGAAAUACCAACGUUAUCCAGGAGACAAAUGUUUGGCCUCCAAUCAUCUUUGCCGGAGAGUUUGCAACAUGCUUCUUCUCGGCUUUGAUGGGAGUGAUAGGCUCUGCCAAACUCAUGCAGGCAUUGGCUAGAGACAAACUGGUUCCUGGUAUUUCCAUCUUUGGAAAAGGCACCAAGAAGACUGAUGAGCCCUUGCUCGCUAUCUUCUUAACGUACAUCGUUGCUCAGUUUGCCAUGUUCGCGAACCUGAACCAGAUUGCAACCUUCAUCUCCAUGGGAUACCAAAUGACUUUCUUCGUCAUGAACCUCGCUUGCUUCCUGCUCAAGAUUGGCUCCGCCCCCAAUUUCCGCCCAGGCUUCAAGUUCUUCAGCUGGCAGACUGCCUUCGCCGGUAGUGUGCUUUCAGCGGCUGCCAUGUUCUUCAUCGACGAGACAUAUGCUACCACUGCCGUCUCACUGCUCGUUACUCUGUUCCUGCUAAUUCACUAUCUGAGUCCGCCCAAGCGCUGGGGCGAUGUAUCACAAAACUUGAUCUACCACCAAGUCCGAAAAUACUUGUUGAGGCUUAAACCAGAGCACAUCAAAUUCUGGCGGCCGCAGAUCAUCCUACUCAUCAACAACCCGAGAAAGCAAACCCGCCUCAUUCAGUUCUGCAACUCGAUGAAGAAGGGCGGAUUGUACAUCCUCGGCCAUGUCAUCGUCACCGAUGAUUUCUCCGCGGGAGUUACCGAGGCAAAGCUCCAACAAGCGGCGUGGACAAAGUACAUCUCGGAGUUCUCGAGGAUCAAGGCUUUUGUUCAGCUCACCAUGUCACCGACCAUCACUUGGGGCGUGAGGAACCUGAUCCUCUCGGCAGGCCUGGGUGGUAUGCGGCCCAACAUUGCCGUUAUUGGCUUCUACAACCUGGACGACCUGCGGCGUUCCCGGCCAACACUGCGUAUAUCCCACCAGGCGCCAACGUCACAUGCUAAGAGUCCGCAGACUACUGAAACUAAACAACCCGUGAGGCAGCGAAAGAGAGGCGAUACUUCGGCUAGGUUGAUGGAAGGAUUCUUGCCCACUGACGUGAUCAGGACCGAGGAGAUGAUGUCGGUUAUUGAUUAUCUUACUAUUCUCGAGGACCUGGCUUUGCGAUAUCGUCUGAAUGUGGCGGUUGGUAAAGGGUUUGAGACCCUGGAGACACCGAGGAAAGAUGGGAGUAACACCAAGAAGUACAUUGAUCUUUGGCCCAUCCAGAUGUCGGCGGAGCUCUCCGCGGACGGUAGGAAUGUUCUGACCACCAACUUUGAUACAUACACUCUCAUCUUGCAGCUGGGUUAUAUCCUCGAUACUGUCCCCGCUUGGAAGAAGGUUUACCAAGUUCGUGUUUUGGUGUUCGUUGAAUACGAAAGCGAGGUUGAAGAGGAAAGAGGACGAGUCAAGGCUCUCCUUGAAAAGCUAAGGAUCGAAGCCGAGGUGCUGGUCUUCUGGCUGGCCUCUGGUGAUCUCGGUACAUACGAGGCCAUCAUUCACGGGCGUUUCCGAGAUCAAAAAACGGAGAAACUGGUCAAUGAUUGUCUAGUGGGCCAAGAAUGGUGGGAAGAACUUCAGAAGAUCCGGGGAACCCAUGAAGAGACCUCACAGCCCGACAUAAGUUCCGUAUUGAACAUCGUUGAGUCGACUUCGGGACGACCGGGGUUGUACAAUCCACACAGCGAGCUCCCUGAUCCGCGCGAUAGGAGGCGCGCCAGCUGGGCGCCACUGGCUGAUUUUCCCAAGAAGCCCACAGUCUCACAGUUGGUUCGGCUGGGUGUCAGCAUGGGAAUACACACUCAGAACCUUGCGGCGAAUGUGCUGGACAGCUCAGAAAUGGACCUUGACGGCGAGAGCGACAGCGACAGCAGCUCAUCUAGCGGUACAUUGGAUGGAGAUUUCAAUGAUGCUGCAAGUGUUGCAAAUAAUGGCGGCCUUGAAGCACUUGAACCGUCGCGAGUUCCUCUAUUGGGAGCCACUAGACGAAUGAGUCACGGAGACCUCUUCGAUCGCUUGAAGAAGCCUUGGAAGGAUAGGAGAUCGCGGAAGGCAGGAGGACCAUCUGCACAGCAAUCUUAUGGCGCAGUGUCUCAGGAUACCGGGCAUAGUCGCAAUAAUGGUUCAGAAGGCAGGUCUAGCAAGAGGGACGAUUUUCUGAGCGUGGGCACGGAGCGAUCAUCCCACACGACAACGCCAACACUGUCGCGACAAAACUCAUCAAUCUUAAAAAGCUCUACCGCCAGAAAGUUCACCAGCUCACUGGUCCCGGAAACAAGGAUAACCAGUGAUGACACAGGACCACAGAUUAUGUUUGCAGAAGAUCAGGCUCGCCCCGGGAUAUCACGUCGGUCCACACCGGGGACCGCUGCACUUCUUUCAAGCAAACAAGCCGCCAGAAAUACAAUUGAUGACGACAAUGGAGGAGGUCCUAGAACGGUCUGCUUUGUUGAGCCACGCUACGAUGGGGCUUCAUCGUCCCCAGACAAGUCAAGAGCAAACUCCCCGGCAAGGACUGGAACUGGCAGCGGCAGUGGUGAUGUCCUGCUUGAUAUACCCGAGCUCCUCUCUUCAUACAGACUUCAGCAUCAGCAGCAACAGGACGAUGAUGCCGCUGAAGCUGGCUCGAGCUAUUCUACCCAAGGGCUUCCGCUCUCCUUUAACGACCUCCCAAGCCGGGCGCAGCAUCUGAUUUUGAACGAGCUGAUGCGGCAGAAUAGCGCGGACACGGCAGUCCUCUUUACCACGCUCCCGGUACCUGAGGAAAACACUUGUCAAAGUGAGGAGGCAAGUUUGACGUACCUGUCCGAUGUUGAGGUGCUUUGCAAUGGGUUACCGCCCAUGUUGCUGGUUUUGAGUAACAAUAUGACGGUUACUGUAAGCCUCUGA